AAGAUAUGAUAAGAAAUAAAUGAAAUACUUCGUACGAAUUAUCUUUUACUUUUAGUUGCAUUGUCAUUUCAACAUGUCGGAAAGAUACAGUUUUUCUUUGACUACUUUUAGUCCUUCAGGGAAGCUAGUGCAGAUAGAAUAUGCCUUGGCAGCAGUGGGUGCUGGUGCCCCUUCAGUAGGGAUCAAAGCUUCAAAUGGAGUUGUUUUAGCAACAGAGAAGAAACAGAAGUCUAUAUUAUAUGAUGAGAACAGUAUUCACAAGAUUGAAAUGAUAACGAAGAAUGUCGGCAUGGUCUACAGUGGCAUGGGGCCUGACUAUAGAGUUUUGUUGCGAAAUGCGAGAAAGCUAGCCCAGAACUACUACUUAGCUUACCAAGAGAAUAUCCCGACAGCCCAGAUAGUUCACCGAAUUGCCAAUGUCAUGCAGGAGUACACACAGUCGGGGGGUGUCCGUCCAUUUGGUGUGUCCCUGUUGAUUGCUGGUUGGGAUGAAGAUGAGGAGAGACCCUAUCUAUACCAGUGUGACCCUAGUGGAGCAUAUUUUGCUUGGAAGGCAACAGCAAUGGGAAAGAACUUUGUCAAUGGGAAGACAUUCUUAGAAAAAAGGUACAGUGAUAAUCUAGAAUUGGAAGAUGCAGUUCACACCGCUAUUUUGACCUUGAAGGAGAGUUUCGAGGGUCAAAUGACGGAAGACAACAUAGAAAUUGGGAUCUGUAAUAAAGAUGGCUUCCGACGGUUAACCCCUCCAGAAGUUAAGGAUUAUCUCGCGUCUGUACAGUGACAUUUUCAUCUCCAUCUUGUUUUAUUGUGCUCUCAUUACAUGUGACAAAACAAUUAAAUUUUUUGUAUAAAAACAA